UAUUAUUAUUACAAUUAGAUACAUCAUUAAACAAGACCUCAUUUUUAAAUGGUGCCAGUAUCGCUUUCGCAUCAAAGGAGUUCGUGUUUUUGUUCCUGCUUCUCUUCUCUUACUGCUCCCAACUCCUAAUUCCACGUAUCCAUCGCCGCUUGAAAUAAAUCUUCCCUUCUCUCCCAAAAUCGCUUUCGUCAAAUACGAUGCUAUUUUCUCGAAUAUCAAGAAACCUCAGAGGUAGCUUCAAUGGAUGUCGAUGGUUUCUGUCUAUUAGAGAUCACAACCACCGCUUUCUGAUCUCUCACUCAUCUACAGACUCUACUGAACAGGUUAUGAGAAGAUUAAUUUUUUCAAAGGGCAUGCCAGCAUUGUAUAGUAGUAGAUAUCAAAUUCAUCACCACAGCAGCUCCCUAGUUGAGGAUGAACUUGAUCCAUUUUCAUUGGUUGCUGAUGAACUAUCACUUAUUGGUAACAAGUUGCGAGAAAUGGUUGUGGCUGAGGUUCCUAAGCUUGCCUCAGCUGCUGAGUACUUCUUCAAAAUGGGGGUAGAAGGAAAAAGAUUUCGGCCUACAGUUUUGUUGUUAAUGUCAACAGCAUUAAAUCUACCAAUAACCAAUGCACCUCCUCCUUUUGAACUAGGAGGUACUACGACAACUGACCUACGUUCAAGACAACAACGCAUAGCUGAAAUAACAGAGAUGAUCCAUGUGGCAAGCCUUCUUCACGAUGAUGUAUUAGAUGAUGCAGAUACAAGACGUGGUAUUGGUUCAUUAAAUUUUGUAAUGGGCAAUAAGUUAGCAGUAUUGGCUGGAGAUUUCUUGCUUUCUCGGGCUUGUGUUACUUUGGCAUCUUUAAAGAAUACAGAGGUUGUAUCUCUGUUGGCAAAAGUGGUAGAGCAUCUUGUAACGGGGGAGACCAUGCAAAUGACUACAACAUCUGAUCAACGGUGUAGCAUGGAAUAUUAUAUGGAAAAGACAUACUACAAGACUGCAUCGUUAAUAUCAAAUAGUUGCAAAGCAAUAGCCAUCCUUGCAGGCCAAACAGCUGAAGUUGCAAUGUUUGCUUUUGAGUAUGGAAAAAAUCUGGGUUUGGCAUUUCAAUUGAUAGAUGAUGUGCUUGAUUUCACAGGCACAUCAGCUUCCCUUGGAAAGGGUUCUUUAUCAGACAUCCGCCAUGGAAUUAUUACAGCUCCAAUAUUGUUUGCGAUGGAGGAGUUCCCUCAAUUGCGAGAAAUUGUUGAAGAAGGAUUUGAAAACCCCGACAAUGUUAAUAUUGCUUUGGAGUAUCUUGGGAAGAGCCGAGGUCUACAAAAGACAAAGGAGCUUGCGGUGAAGCAUGCUAACCUUGCAGCAGAAGCAAUUGAUUCCUUACCUGAGAGUGACGAUGAAGAAGUAAGAAAAUCAAGGAAAGCCCUUGUAGAUCUUACUCAUAUAGUCAUUACAAGAACAAAAUGACAGGAAGGCUUCUUUUCCCAGUUUUUGUUUUGGUAGCUUUAAGAAGGAUCUCAUGGUAGAAUCAACAGCUAACAGUUGUUCUGUCCCCAUUUUCAAUUCUUCUAUUGUUCCCCAAAUGACGAUGAGGAAAAUAAGUUAUUUCUAGGAUAAUGUCAUAUUGUCGCCAUUCCUUUUUCUUCGCUAUAUUAAAUAUUUUUUAUUUGUUUGUACAACUAGAAUGAUACUCAAACUAUGCACGGGAUAAAUUCUUUGUAGUUUGGUCGGAUAAUUCUUUGUAGUUUGGUCGGAUUUCAUUUCUUAAGUGAAUUCAUUUCAUCUUUUGGGAGAA